AAUGUCAAAUAACGUCAAGGGGGUGUGAAUAUUUCUUUCCUUUAUUUUCUAAAGAUUUUAAUUUUAUUUUUAUUUUUGUUGUUGUAAUGUGCUUACAAUAAUACAAUUUAUUUACAAAAAGUACAAUGAAUACGUUACCAGAGGCCACUAUCGUGGAUUCAAGUCAAUUAACACCAGUUUAUUUGAUAAAUCCGAAUGACAGUCAGGCGAAUUAUAUUAUAACUUUGGGCGAUGUUGAACAGAAACCUAUUUCGGAUAACCUGAAAAGUUUUUACGAAAAGAGCGGCAGUAUAGAAAACUCAAUACCAAAUGUAAUAAAGGCCCCCGCGCCUCGUACCAUCAAAAAGAUUGAUCCAGCAGCCGUCGGGAAUAAUUUGAAAUUAGCCAGCUUUCUGUUGCCAAAAACUGAACCAAGCAAACCUUAUGUAUUGAACAAUGUUAUAUUGAAACCGAGCUUACCUGCAGUUUCGAAUACUCGUAAAAUAAAUCUACAGUCUACAGAACAGAAGACACCAAAUACCAUACCAGUCUUUGGCAUAGACAGGAAGAUUGUAAAGUUAAAAGAUGGCAUGUUGACCCGUAGGAAUCGCGUUGAAAGAGCGCUACCAAAGAUAAAACCCAAAGAGAAUACUUCAACAAUUAUCCCGCCGACAUCGAAACUCACAUCAGUGCAAUUAAUCAAAUUAGGAGAAACUUACCAUAGCCUAAAUAAGUUGAAUGAUGAUCAAGUGAAGAUGGUAAACCAUGCCUUGAAAAUAUUCAGUGAUCCUGAAAAGAUUGUUCCAGAACCCACCUAUGAUCCUGUUACGAACACAAAGUUUAUAUAUAAGGUUAUUUCUCCGAAGGACCUCGUUAUCGCAGGUAAAAAGAACAUCAUCUUUAAAGAGAAGAAAGAAGAAAAAAAGAUUGAGAUACCGAAAAAAGAAUUUGUGAAAAAACAGAUUGUUAUUGAAGAUUUUGUAGACGAACCAGAGCUACCUGCCGUGACCAAAGUCACACGAAGCGGUAGAACAGUGAAACAUCCAAAGCUGAUAGUACCGCAGGACACUCCACAGAAACCUAAAAAGAAAAAUCAUGUAGUCACCUGUUUCCAAUGUUCAACUGAGUUUGCUAGUCUUUAUCGUCUACAAAAGCAUUAUGAAAACCAUCCCACCCACAUACCAGCCAAGAUCCAUUCAAACCUGUUUCACUGUCUACUGGCAAUUGUAAAAGGUGGUUCUGAAGAAGACAGGACUAAUAUAUUUAUACAACAGUUGGAACAAUUGAUUGUGAAGCUAAAGUCUCUUUUGCCAUGUUUACUGAAUACGAUGGAGGGCAAUGAGGGAAAACCUUGCACAAUCAAUGAUGAUAUAGGGAGGAUACUGGGAAUGGAUCCAGGAAAAUAUAAUAUAGAUGUAAAUGCUUUAAGUUGUAUAAAAGAUAAAGAUGGCUUCUGCAUGCAUAAUCCCUCCACUACCCAAAAUCAGAGUAAUGUUGAAGUGAACCAACCAUCGGAAUUAUUAAUAACAAAUCACGAAGAAGCAAUGAUUCCGGAUACAGAAGAUUGCGCAAGAAUUAGUUCAGCAGAAAACUGGCCGACGGUAAAUAAAAGAGUUUGGAAAUUAAAAAAGUUAAAGGCUCAAAAUAGUGGCGCCAAAAAAAUUAGAUUAGACGAAAAACAUACGUUAUUAGAAUUAGAUUUAGCUGUAAAAAGAGAAGAAGACUUAAACGAAACUAAAAGACUUAGUUUCGAAUCUGAAGAUCUAUUGACUAAGCUAGGUAUAGACACCAGUAGAUUCAAUGAAUCAAUGGUGGCAUCAAAUGAGUGCAAUGACGUUAAUAACAAAGUUACAUUAGACCAAAGCAAGAAUAAUCAUAUACAGUUCCACAGCACACAUUUUGAUAUCAGAUCAUCACCUAUAAAACCAACAUCCACAGUUUUUCGGAAGUUUCAAAUAACCCCAGAUAAAUUAUCUAAUUAUGAUGGUCAAAUAAUAGGGGCAGUGAACAUGGUUGACAAAGCUUUUGAAGAAACAAAUAACAUUAAUGGUUUAAUUAAUAAUGAUAUUGAAUUACCAUGUAAAGAGAAUGCAAUAGAUCAGAGCUGGAUACUCUCUAGUGACAAGUCUGAAGAUGGAUUUACAAAACCGGACAGUUUAAUUGAACCUUCAUUAAUACAUGUUAAAGAUACAGAUACAAAUAAAGUCAGCAGCACUAGAAGUAAUAUAAGUGAUGUAACUCAAGAUAUUCUAACAAAUGUGUGCUCAGAAUCAAACCAAAGUGAUUCGGUGCUUAAUUUCCUCGAUAGUUUAGGUAGUACAUGCCUUUCAUAUCCGGGAAUGGAAAUAAGAUCAGGUACAUCAGACUUCAAUUUAGAUUUAUUUUCAUUUACAAAUACAUAGGAUUAACUUUUGUAAUGAUGAUUAAAAUACUGUUGGUGUUUUCAUAGCACAAAUCUGGAAUGGAUGUCCACUCUCUUUCCUGAGAGCUAGACAUGUACAUACAAAUUUUACUUAUUAUUAAAGCAACGCUUUCUCUUGAUUUUAUUUAUAUAAAAGUAAAUUGCCUAUAGGGUUGAAUCAAAAUUAACUGAAGGUUAAAACAUAAGAAUUGAUGUACAUUACUGGAAUUUAUAUUGAAAACACCUGUAUGAGAAUUAGACCUUUUUCUUUAAUGGAAAGAGAAAUUUAAUAAUCAUAUUAAGAUCUCACAUUUAAUAUGGAACAAAUGUUAAUUAUGUAAUGCAUUACGAUUAUUCAUAUAUAAAUAACCUGAGUCGUAAUAAUGUAAGCUAAUACCUAUUUUUAGUUAGUUUAAUUAGAGUUUACUAUUGAUAUUUUAAAUAAAGUAAUGACUAUUUACUAUGUAUUAAAAA